AUGUCAGCUCCGAUCCGAAAGAACAUGGAGCGGAUUAAAGGUCCAUGGAGUCCAGAAGAAGACGAUCUGUUGCAGAGGCUGGUGCAGAAACACGGCCCGAGAAACUGGUCUUUGAUCAGCAAAUCAAUCCCUGGACGCUCCGGAAAAUCUUGCCGUCUCCGUUGGUGUAACCAGCUAUCUCCGGAGGUCGAGCACCGUGCUUUUUCGCCGGAGGAAGACGAGACGAUAAUUCGAGCACACGCUCGGUUCGGUAACAAGUGGGCAACCAUCUCUCGUCUCCUCAAUGGACGAACCGACAACGCAAUCAAAAACCAUUGGAACUCGACGCUCAAGCGGAAAUGCAGCGCCGUUACAUCCGAUGGGCAAAGCUGCGAUUUUGGUGGAAAUGGAGGGUAUGAUGGUAAUCUAGGAGACGAGCAGCCGUUGAAACGUACGGCGAGCGGUGGCGGUGUGUCUACUGGGUUGUAUAUGAGCCCCGGGAGUCCAUCGGGAUCUGACGUCAGCGAGCAAUCCAGUGGUGGUCCGCACGUGUUUAAACCGACGGUUAGAUCUGAGGUGACGGCGUCAUCGUCCGGUGGAGAUCCACCGACUUAUCUAAGUUUGUCUCUCCCUUGGAACAACCGUUGCGAGACGGAGACGGUUCGAGUCAACGAGACGACAACCCAAGUAAACGAGAAUACCGCGGUUACUGACGGCGGUUACACGGCGGAGCUGUUUCCGAUUAGAAAGGAAGAGGAGGAAGAAGAGAAAGGGAUAUCGGGGUUCGGUGGUGAGUUCAUGACGGUGGUUCAAGAGAUGAUUAGGACGGAGGUGAGAAGUUACAUGGCGGAUUUACAGCGGGGAAACGUCGCCGGUAGUUCCUCCGGCGGAGGUGGUGGUGGUUCGUGUAUGCCUCAGAGUGUAAACAGCCGUCGUGUCGGGUUUAGAGAGUUUAUAGUUAACCAAAUCGGUAUUGGGAAGAUCGAGUAG